AUGUCAGUUGGACAUUCGUUAUCAACCUUGUUGAUACGGCAGUGUCGGCAUAUUACACCAAGAUCUCGGAAACUUACUUAUUUAAAAAUGGAACCUAAAGUAAAUUUGAAACAAGAUCCAGCUUUUACGAAACUACAAGAAUUCUAUAAUGCUAAUUCCGAAAAAAUUAACAUCCAACAAUUAUUUCAACAAGACCCAGAUCGCUUUAAUAAGUUCAGUCUACGUAUUCCAACUCCCAACGAUGGUGAUAUCCUGCUGGACUACUCUAAGAACAGGGUGGAUGCUACUACUCUCGGCUUAUUAUUCCAGCUUGCCAAGAGUCGUGGUGUAGAACAAGCCAGGGAUGCUAUGUUUUCAGGUCAAAAGAUCAACUUUACUGAAGACCGAGCAGUGUUACAUGUUGCGUUACGUAACAGACAGAAUAAACCUAUUUUAGUCAAUGGAAAGGAUGUCACUCCAGACGUGAAUGCUGUACUGGCUCACAUGAAGGAGUUUUCGGAGCAAGUUAUCAGCGGCAACUGGAAGGGGUACACGGGUAAAGCAAUCACAGAUGUGAUUAACAUUGGCAUCGGUGGUUCUGAUCUCGGCCCACUUAUGGUCACAGAGGCGUUGAAACCGUACGCUAAUCAUCUUAAGGUUCACUUCGUAUCCAACAUCGAUGGGACCCACAUCGCUGAGGUGCUCAAGCGGCUGAACCCAGAAACAGCGCUCUUCAUCAUCGCUUCAAAAACGUUCACAACACAGGAGACUAUUACCAACGCGACCACAGCCAAGAAUUGGUUCCUCGGUGUCGCUAAAGAUCCAUCUGCAGUAUCAAAACACUUCGUGGCGUUAUCAACCAAUGGAGAGAAAGUGUCAGCGUUCGGUAUCGACCCCAAGAACAUGUUCGGUUUCUGGGAUUGGGUUGGAGGCAGAUACUCGCUUUGGUCCGCAAUUGGUCUGUCCAUAUCUCUCCAUGUCGGUUUCGACAACUUCGAAAAGCUUUUGGAUGGAGCCAACUUUAUGGAUAACCACUUCACGACCGCUCCCCUGGAGAAAAACGCCCCCGUGAUCCUGGCGCUGUUGGGCGUAUGGUACAGCAACUUCUACGGAGCUGAGACGCACGCUCUACUACCUUACGACCAGUAUUUACACAGAUUUGCAGCGUACUUCCAACAAGGCGACAUGGAGAGUAACGGUAAAUACGUGACGCGUGGCGGUGACCAGGUUCAGUACAAUACCGGACCAAUCGUGUGGGGUGAGCCCGGGACCAACGGGCAGCACGCCUUCUACCAGCUCAUACAUCAGGGGACCAGAUUGAUCCCCUGUGACUUCAUUGCGCCUGCGCAGACACAUAACCCGAUCUCAGGUGGUAUACAUCACAAGAUCCUGCUCGCCAACUUCCUGGCUCAGACUGAGGCGCUCAUGAAGGGGAAGACUUCGGAGGAAGCUAAAGCGGAAUUAGAAAAGUCCGGUAUGGCACCCGAAGCGAUUUCAAAGAUCCUUCCACACAAGGUGUUCAAAGGCAAUCGACCGACUAACUCCAUUGUUGUGAAAAAAGUAACACCCUUCACUCUCGGAGCACUUAUUGCUAUGUACGAGCAUAAGAUAUUCACCCAGGGAGUGAUAUGGGACAUCAACUCCUUCGACCAGUGGGGAGUGGAGCUCGGGAAACAACUUGCUAAGGCCAUAGAGCCUGAGCUUCAGGACUCGAAGCCUGUCACCUCUCAUGAUGGUUCCACUAACGGCCUUAUUAACUUCUUGAAGGAGAACUUUGCUUAGUAAGUUACUUUGAUUAUUUUAGUGCUUGUAACACUUCAAAAUCUCUUUUUUAUUAUUAAAAUGUUUCCAGUUUUUUAAAAAUAUUUAAUAUUAUAUACAUUUUAAUACCUAUUGUAAUAAAACAUUAUGAAAAAUUUAUUUGAUAAAAAAUGUUUUGAAAUUACUAUUUAAAAGACAUUGUUAUUUUUUAUAUAAUAUGCAAGAAUAGUAUUGCAAUGUUGAAAAAUGAUAUAUUAAAUAACUUUACGAAUGAAAGUAGGUUUUUGAGAAAGAGAUCUUAUGUUUGUCGUUGAUUUAUUUAUUCGUUGUAUUUAAUACUCAAGUAUUUCAAAGUUUUUAAUGAAUAGAUUGUGCAAUGU